AUAUUGACGAUAUGAUGGCGAUCAAGUAUAUGCUCAAUAACCCUAAUGUAGAUAUUAGAGGGUUCUCCGUAGAUGCCAACGGGUGGAGUGCGCAGAUUGAUGGGGUGCCGAAUGUUCUUAGAUUGGCCAAGCUUUACGGUCUGGAGAGCGUCCCGGUUGCGUACGGAUUAAGCGACGGAUACACCGAACUCAACUUACAAAAUCCUUCGAACCUCCCCAACUACGAUUACCUAAUCGGCAUUGGUAACUAUCUGAAUGAGUGGGUGCCCACCCCUCCAUCAAUGCAGCCGGCGUCAAGCCUACGGGCUCCGGAUUUGAUACUGGAUCUAUUCAAGCAAGCUAAAGAGAAGGGAGAGACGGUUGAUAUCCUUGCAUUGGGUCCGCUAACAAACAUUGCGGCAGCCAUGCACAGCGAUCGUGAACUGUUUCUGGACAUCCUAGGGGCAGUGUAUGUAUCGGGUGCUAAUGUGUUCACGCAAGCGGAACAGGCAGCGCAGGCCGCAAGUAUGCCGGAUGUGGCUUUCCCGUACAGUGAAAAGACCAAGGAGGGGUCGUGGAAUAUGUUUAGUGACCCCAUUGCUGCCAUGCAACUACAGCAGAGUGGGGCAAAUCUGGUAGUUCUCUCCUCCUUCGGCGAUAAAAUAAGUAUUGAUGUAGAUGACGAUCAGUAUAUCCCCGAGGAUUGUCCCCCGGCCGAGCGUGAACACCUGACUCAGUUUUAUACACAGUAUGGCCCGGCAACCAAUCAAACUAUAUCUCGGGUGAAGUACUGGGAUGCAGUAACUGCUGUGUGGAUGUCGCAGAUACUAGACUCGCCCGGGUAUAAUCCUAAGAACACGUCCAACAGUAAAAACUCCACCAUUUGCACAGAAUGGUCGGGACAGGUUGCACAGGUUGACCUGAACAACGGCCCCACAUUCUCCUGGUUUGUUCAGAGCCCAGACUUUGGGAUGGAAUUUCCACUGUGUAAUGCUACAGAUGCUGUGGCCUUUAAAAGUACGUACUACUCGGGAAUUUGCGCGGGUGUUGCAAACACGGCAGACGCGCAACGAGAACAAUAAAG